UUAUAACAACCCGCGGCUCUUCUUUGGCCACCCUCUUCUCCACACUCUCUCCCUCGAUCGCCAUCUCUCUCUGUCUGUUUCUUUCUCUCUCUUUCUAUUUAUUUCAAUUGCCCUCAUCUUCUCCUGCUCGAAGAGGAACUGAGAUGGAGCUCGGUGGCUUUGACAAUGGCGAAACCCUCGAUUGCGCUGCCUUCUCCCCUGCGCACCACCUAAUUGGCGACGCGGCGGGCAGCCCAGGUCCUGAUGCGCCCGGUGGCUACUUCUUCAGCUGCCCCGCUAGCCCCGUCCACUACGUCCUCUCCUCCCCGCCCUAUUCGUUCUCCUCAGACGCGGCCCCUGCCCGUGCCACGGUUGACGAUGGCUGGUCCGCCGGGCCCUUCGAGUUCGACGGCACCAUCGGAGGCGGGGCGAUGACCUCCGCCGACGAGCUCUUCCUCGACGGCCAGAUCCGCCCCUUGAGGCUCUCCUCCCACCUUCUGCGUCCGCAGCGCCUCGCGCCUCUGCUGGAUGGCGACGAGGAGGAAGGCGAAAUGACGGAGGAGGAGGAGGAGGAGGAUGGAAGGGGGCGAGGGAUGAGGAUGCGGAGUAGAUCCCUACAUCGGAGGACUAGAUCCAUGUCUCCCCUUCGAAGCCCUCGCUUCCAGUGGCAAGAAGAAGAAAAGAUGGAGAAGCGAGAAGAGGCGAAGAGGCUAGAAAUUAUCGACAAAGAUUCGAAUAAACCGGCGGCGGCGACGGCGCCGGAGUCGGCGUCGUCGUCCCGUUCCUCCUCUACCUCUUCCACCUCCUCCGGAGGAAGGAGCUCCAAGAGAUGGAUCUUUCUCAAAGACUUCCUGCUCCACCGGAGCAAAAGCGAAGGGAGCGAGCGGGACAGCGGCGGCGAGAAGGAUAGGUUCUGGCGCUCGAUCUCCUUCUCCCCGUCCGCUAAAUCGAAGCCCUCGUUGCCGAGCUCGGCCUCCUCACCGCAGGCAUCAGCAACUUCGUCUCCAGCGGCGGAGCAAACCAAGACACGGACCUCGAAGAGGCUGACAAACGGGGUGGCAACGCGGCGGAGGCCGACAAGGGCCGCGGCAGCCGCUUCCGCGCACGAGCGGCAUUACACGGCCAGCCGUGCGCAGGCGGAGGAGAUGAGGCGGCGGACGUUCCUGCCGUACCGCCAAGGCCUGCUUAGCUGCUUGGGCUUCACCUCGCGAGGUUACACCGCCUUCAACAGCCUCACCAAGGCCCUCAAUCCCGUCGCCUCCAAGUAAACAAAAAUCAACCACCCACUUCGCUUCGCUUCGCAUCGCAUCAAGAGAGGUAGUAGAUCCAUCCAUUUCUGUACAAAUUUAAUUACCAUUUAUUUUCCUUUUUGGUAGAGGAUCAAAAGCCAUACCAUUUUAAUUUCUACUCUAUCAAAUCGAAUCAAGUCGUGAGGCUUAAUUAUUUUGGUCCGAUA